AUGUUCGAACUUCUUAUUUCGCAUGGUGCAAAUAUCAAUGAAAAAGAUGAAGAUGGUAAUACCGCACUUCAUAUCACAGCAUGGAAAAAUAAUAAAGAAAUAGCCAAACUUCUUAUUUCACAUGGUGCAAAUAUCAAUGAAAAAGAUAAAUAUGGAAGAACCACACUUCAUGAGGCAGCAUAG